ACGCUCUUCAGGUGUGUCAAUCCAGCUUGCAAGCAGAUCUUUGAGAGGAUGGAGGAAUCACAUAAACCUCCGGAGAGAAUCGCACCUGAUGGCCAAUUGCUGUCUGAGAAGCACGCUCUUCACCUGCAGAAGUGCAGAUAUCGUUGCAGCUCUUGUCGAGAGAACUUCUGUCUGGACUGCAAGACCAUGCCGUAUCACACCGGAAAGACGUGUGAAGAACAUAAGGAGUCGCUAGCAAAAGUGCGGUGCAAGUAUUGCAAUACUGUCUUGCCUUGGAGAGGCUCGUCGCAAGAAGCUGUCUGCACAUCAGAAGACUGCAUCCGUCGGAAGAACAAGGCCUGUGGCAAACGUUUGACUUGCGGUCACAAUUGUGAUGGGAUCGCGAGAGAAAAGAGAUGUCUACCCUGCCUCACGUGCAACGACAAAGGAGCAGAGUUCUGUAAUCUAUGUUGGAUUGAAGACCUCAGGGCUGCUCCCUGCGUUCAGUUGCGGUGUGGACACAUCUUUCACUGGCACUGCAUCUCAAAGAGACUUGAGCUGAGGUGGACUUCUUCUAAGAUCUCCUUCACGUUCGCCAAGUGUGCUCUGUGCAGCGCCAUGGUCGAGCAUCCUUCCUUCGAUUCCACCAUGAACAAGAUCAUCAAACUCAAGACCAGAGUAGAAGAGGCAGCACUGGAGAGGCUCAAGUAUGAGGGACUGAGCAAAGGAGAUCAGGCCACAGACUUGCAACUUGCAAACAGCCGCUAUCAGUUCUACCUCUGCCACCGUUGUCAGCGCCCAUACUUUGGGGGCAUAGCAGACUGCCUUGCACAGGAAGGAGGAGAAGAGAACCAGUUCAAGCGCGAGGACCUCAUAUGCGGUAGCUGCAGCGCCUCCAAGCUUGGAAAUGGACGAAAAACUUGCAAACAACAUGGCGACCAGUACGUGGAGUACAAGUGUCGCUUCUGCUGCAGCAUAGCUACCUUCUUCUGCUUUGGCUCCACUCACUUCUGUGAGUCCUGCCACAAAGGUUGGACCGAAGGAUCCAACCAGAGGCCCCAAUCGCUUGUGAAGCCAUGCACCUGCUCCGAGAAACACGCCAAAAACUGCUCGACUGCAGCUGGUGAGCAUUGCUUCGGCUGCUCUCUCUGCAGAAUUAAAUCGCACGAGAGCAAGCCUCUGAGAUGAUGCGAUGGAGAUCACGCGUUGAUAGUUCGCGUCAUUUGUCUCUGCGAUAUUCUUUGUAAAGUACCCAAGUUUUCC